CGGCACCACCGAGGAAUAGCUGCAUUUUGUCCUGGAAGAAAACAGACAGCUGCUACCUACAGAUUCAGCUCUCAGACAAAGCUGCCAGUGGACUGAGGACUUCGGGCAGGUCACCAUGGAAACGUAACGUUAGAUACGUUAACGGACUCUCAACUGUCAGUAAACAGUGUUUAAAGAGAGAAGUCAGCCCUACCUAACGUGAUGGAGUUCCCGCAGCAUUCCCAGCAGCUGCUGGCAGCUCUGCGUUCACAGCGCCAGCGGGGUUUCCUUUGUGACUGCACAGUCCUGGUGGGCUCAUCCCGUUUUCUGGCUCACAGGGCUGUUCUGGCUUCCUGUUCGCCUUUCUUCCACAUGUUCUUCUCAGACUCUCCAGGGGUCAUUGGUGGAAAUGGCGCCAGCAACUCUGUCACACUCGACAGCGACAUUGUCACGGCUGCUGCGUUUGGAUUGCUCUUGGAAUUUGUCUAUGAAGGCGUGCUGCAGCAGGGUGAGUCUCCACCCGUGGAGGACAUAUUGGCGGCUGCAAGCUUUCUGCACAUGAACGAGGUGGUGAGAGUCUGCAAGAGACGAUUGCAGAGACGAGGACCUCUGGCUGAGGCAGACAGCACUCGAUCUGAAGAGAGCGCUGGUGCAAGGAGGGCAGUAGAAACAGGAAGAGGGGUUGGGGGUGACGGAGGAGAAGAGCCUGUGGUGGCCAUGGCAGGAGAUCACUUGAAUCCAGUUGCCAUGGCAGCGCCACUCUCAUCAGAGAGAAGUCAGUUGGAGCCUGUGAAGUGUGAACGGAGGACUGGUGGGGGGUCAUCAGAGGCACGAGUUCAGACUCCUCUGAGCCCUGACCUCGCUGAUACCACGCAGCCAGGCAUGGACGCCCCUCCUCUGCCCCCAUGUGGAGAGCUUGUUCAGGAUGUCAUCACAGGUCGGUCUGCCCCUGCCUCAGGGGGACACGCCAGGCUGGGGACUGGAGCUCCUGGAGAGGGGUCAGCUCUCUGUAGCCCAUGCAGCACCACUGAGACAUACAGCCACAGCAGUAACCAGCAGCCUUCCUCGUCUUCUUCCUCUCUGGUGCCAGUGAGCCAGGCUAGUGGUCGGUCAGUAGUUGCUUAUUCCCAGUCAGGACCCAGCCCCCAGCAGGACGCACCCCGACUGCCACACAAUGACUCUGUAAGGAAACCCUCAGAGGCUGACCACAGAGGUACAUCAGGCAGAGGACAACAGAUGGUCAUGUUAAUCCAGCCAUCAGCACUAACUUUACAUAACCCAACACACUCGCCACCACUGCGUGCACUUCCCCAGAUUCGAAUCCAGAGCGCUGUGUCGCUCCAACGCCAAAGCUUGGACUUCCACUCUGCUCCUCAGAACCAAACCCCGAAGGCACCUGAGGGGAAUGUGGGAGCUUCACCCACUGCUAGAAGUGAAAGAUCUCACCCUCCUGUGGGCAGAGCGAGGACAGACAAUGAUGAUGGAGAGAAUGUGAAAGUCAAAGUGGAGGCCAUUGUUAUAUCUGACGAAGAGCUAGAGGAGGAGAGAGAGGAAAGUAGAGAAAGAGAACAAGUGAUGGAAGUAGAAGAUGAGUUUGAAGAAGAAGAGGAGCUGCACAGCCCUCAGUUUCUCUCCUCCCACCAACAGGGCCUCUUACAAAUGACCUCCCAUUCAAAUGACUAUUCCUUCCCCCUCUCUCCCUCCUCUUCCUCCUCUGGUGCCGGGCCUUCCUCACAGGACACUUCUUCCUUUGCCCACAUUCCUCCGUCUGCAGCUCAGCAGCAUUCAGACCCUCCUGCCUACUUCCAGGACUUCCAGGACUCUAUGGGGAACUUUGUGGAAGACGUCCCCACAUGUGGAGUAUGUGGAAAGACUUUCUCAUGUACAUACACACUAAGGCGCCACGCCAUCGUGCACACACGUGAACGUCCUUAUGAAUGUCGCUACUGCUACCGGAGCUACACGCAAUCGGGUGACCUGUACAGACACAUACGCAAAGCUCAUGACCACACACUGCCAGCCAAACGCAGCAAGGCAGACGGGGACCCCUCACUGCCACCACAACCGCCCCCACCACCACCACCACCACCUCUUAGCUAACACACACCAACACACUCUACUGUAUUUCUAUACUCAUGCACACAUACAUACCUAAACUUUAACUUAAUAACCAAACUCUAAUUCUAUAUUCAAACCUAAAUUGAGCAGAGCUGCAACAAACAGUUCAUUUUCAAAUGAAUUUGUUGGUUCUUUUCUCAAUUAUUUGUUUGAAAUAUAAAGUUAUUAAAAAUGUCACACAUCACAGUUGCCCGAAGCCCAAGGUGACAUCUUCAAAUGUGUCAAAAUAUUGUCUUAAUAUUUUCAAAUUUGCACCCUGCAGACACCCAGGCCUUUAUAAGUACAGAAAUACAAGAACUCACACACAGAGUAAACACCAGCGAUGUGGCAGUGACAUCAGCACUCAUUCAUUAAACACUUUAUGUUCAUGUGUGACUGUUGUCUCUUAACCCUAAAACUGAUCUGAUUUUAUGCUAAUAUACCACUCUUUUUUUAAUUUAAGAGGCAUUUUGAGGCAUAUGUUUGUAAUAGUUUUAAUACCUUUAUAAUAAUGUUAUAAUACUAAUCUUUUUAAGCAUCAAGCAUUUUUAAGCAUUUUUCAAAAUCCACGUGACAAAGUGCUUCACAAGGCAGCAAAAAAACAGAAAAGUCAUUAAAUCAUCAGGUUAAAAAAAACUGAUAAAAAACAAUGUGGUGUAUUGAAUCCGAUACAGUGUAGGAAAGGGUAAGAAUAGGAACUUGUUAAGGAAAUAAAAGGCAGUUGAAAGGAAAUUUAAACUCAAUAAAAUUGGAAAAUUCUCUCUGAUUAAAUUAUUUUUUAAGAAAGGACUUAAAGACCUCCUCCAAUGAAAACGUAUUACCCUUAUAACUUAUAAACCUUAUUAAUAUGUCCAUAUGGUGUUUUUAAAAUACUAUUAGACAUAUGAGCAACAUAAGCAGAUCGAAGAACUACAGUGACAGUCUCAAGAACGCACAUUCAGACUGCCAAGGUUUGUUACAUCACAAACCUAAGGAACCAAUCUCGUCAGCUCACAGGGUGAGGCUCUUCAUAUCGUGAGCAUAACGCUACUGGGAAAUUAAACGAUUGUUGUCAGAGGAGGAGCCAGGUUCAUUUUAACUUGUCAGAGCUGUCAAUGGGGAACAUGGUUUAUGUAACAUUAGCAGGUGCGCUCGAGCUGCAGCUGGGUGGCUGAGGGGUGGCUGGAGAUGGUGGUAGGGGCCAGUAUGCAUAUUCAUAGAUCUGCACAUACUUAAUAAGGCAAAUGUAUAAAAUUAAAUCUAAGCCAUUUUAAGGCAUGAAGGGAAGGGAUUUUUUUCACGUAAUUCUGAUGAAUAGAAAUUAGUUUUGGGGGUUUAAUCAAUGCUUGAAGAGGAACUUUAAAAGAGUUUACAGACUCAGCUGAUCUGAUUUCCUCGGGCACAGUCCUGGCACGUUCCAAGUGGACUAACAUCGACAUUAACUUAGGGCUUAUUGGUUGGCUCCAGAGCAGAGUUAGCCAUUGAAAAUUGACUAAACACAGGGUAAAAGUUGCCGGAGCUGAAAAGGAGCUGCUUUGCAUCACAUUUUUGUUGUCCUAUCACACGACUUCUUGGUUUUGUCACCAGUUUGCCUGUACUUUAUGUUUAAGUUGUAACAAUGGUAACUACUACUGUCAGAAACCUUAGGUACCUAGCACACUAGCUAACUUAAUGAAAACAAGAAUAGCAACAUUUCCUCUAUUUGCUGCUGCUGGAAAAGUUAAAACACUAGAUGUUUACUUUUCAUUCUUUUAGCUGUUUUAUCUCUUUUUGAUGUUUUAGCCCCGUCUCAAAUAAAGCCCUGCUACUGGUGACAUUUUAACACUGCUGCUAGUCCUGGGCUGUGCAGUGUGAAAAGCCCUAAAGGUCAGAGAUAUAGCUGUAACAGAGGCCAUGAAAAGCAUUAAAAUUGAUCAGUAACGUCUUUUUGGUUCUGGCAAGUAAAGAGGCAGUAGCAGUAAUCCUGGCGUGAUGAGGCGGAGGUGUGUAAAAUGGUCUUAAUUUAGAUUGUACUUUUUGAAAUACUUCUAACAUGGUUGCACAAGCAUUGUGGUGCUGCUCAAAACUUAAAUUACUGUCAAACAAGGAGCCAAGAUUCCUUUAUCAUUAUUCAUACAUUUGUAUGAGUAUAGAAAAUUAUCAAACACUUCAUUGUUGUAAGAAGAUUCAGUAAUGUUAAAAAAUGUUUCAAAGUGUUGUGUGAUAUCCUUCACUUUGUUCGCUAUAUUAACUCAGAACACAAAUAAGGGAAAGCUGUUGCAUUUUAACUUGAUCAGUUACAUGACAUGUAAUCUGUACGACUGCCUUUUCAGUUUGACUCUGUGCCAGCAAAGUUUGACUGACUGUAAAUGUAGUAAUGUUGUACUGUCUGGUGUUUUAUUUACAAAAUGAAACCUGCACAAAUUUUAAAAUUAUUAUCAGAGAGUGCCAUUUUAUAACUUGUAGUACACAGGGUUUUCACUCACUUUUACCUGUCAGAACAAUUGCUUUACUUUUCUGUGAUACUGUUCUCUAUUUCCAUGACUUAAUUUGAGUAGUGUAAAUGGGUGUGCCUGUAUAGCGAUACAGCCAUACAUAAUUAAACACGCACUUCCCAGGCAUUUCCACUUUACUCGCUCAUUAGAAAUUACUGGCGCCAACUAGCUGCCAAUAGGCCAGACCGGCACAUACGGGUCCUCUGCAAAACAUCAGGGCCACGCCCCUUUUUAGAGGAAAGAUAACAAAAGAUCCUGUAAGUGUCAGUACAAUUUGAUGUGUUUGAAUUAUAAUUCAUUCAUUCUGUAUGUAUUCAUUUCUUGUUAAAUAGGCAUUUCUUUUAUGGGCAUGUCUAAUAAUUGUUUUGUGACCUUGCCUGAACCUGAGCAUUCACAAUACCUUGUUAAAUUAAGGGUGAUCGGCAUCAUGUCCCUUCACUCUUUCCACAUCCAAAUGAAUUAACAUAUUUGAUUGAAUCCUCAGGUAUCGUUUGGCCAAGUGCUGUCUGUAAAUCUCCAACGUGUUAAAAGCCAAAUGUUCAAUCUACAGGCUGAGAUUUACUGUAGUUGGAGACAGUCUGAUGACUGUACUGCAGCAGCGUCCUACUCAAGCUAACGUUAGCUACCCAUCAGUAGUAACUGUCACCAGCAUCAUUUAGCAAGUUUCCACACUGACAGUGAAUUUUCAGGAAUCUUAUGUGCUUAAAAUCUCAGUGUAAAAGCCUUAGUUAACCCUCAACACUACAGCUUUUUGGAAUUUUUCUAUCUCUAUCCUGAUGUGACUGCAUUAUACUUUCCAACCAAAAGGAGGCGCAGCCUUGAAGAUGACGUGAUGCCGGUCUGGUCUAUGUACUACUGUCAAUUCUGUUAAUUCCAAACCAUUUCCAGGCCCUGAAAUUCAUUUUAUCUAAUUUCAUUACAUUUCCAGGAAUUUCAUGACCAUGGAAAUCCAGAAUACAAGCUUUUCCUUGCAUCAGUUUUAAUGAAGCUGCUUCAUCAAUAGCAGAUAUUCACACUACUCUGUAUCUGAUGGCGUAGAAAAUCAGCUGUGCCAAAUGGCCUUUACUUUCCCUUGUUUCAUCACGACCUUAUUUCUUUGAAAAUUGCAGCAAGAAGUCUGAUGAGGGAGAGGCAACUGGCCCAGAAAUAUUAAAGUGUCAGCCAUGCAAACUGAAACUGACAACCCAUCAAUGCAUUUGUAGUAGCUGUCCACAAGAGUUUACUGUAAAGUCAGCCAGAUUCUCUGAUCACUAUGGCUUUCUUAUCCUACUUAUGUUUUUGCCACAUAUUUCAUAGAGUGUUCUGGGCGUUCUCCGUCAGGGUUAGUUUGGGGAUCCACCCUUAAUGUGUUUGGCAUUUCUUACUGCCCAUGUGACUUCUUUAAAUGUUUAAAUUUAAACUUUAAAUGUGCCUAAAUGACUGUUUGACACUUUAGAAUUUGUUGUCCUGCACCAUUUCUACAGUUUCUGUAUGUACUGAUGAAAACUGACUGGUAUUAUCACGCAAACUGAAGUGUUUUGGAUAUUCAGAAGGGACAGUUCAGUCUGUGAUCAUUUUCAAGAGUUUCAUGGUAGCCAGUGUGCAAAAUCUAAAUGUUACCUUGUGAAUACACUGUUGAGUAGAAACAAUGUGGAGGUAAGGUUUCAGUGAAUCAUAAUCACACUGGUUGUUCAGUCAGCAGUAUCUUUUAUUUUCUGUGUUUCACUACAAAAGAACAUAUACAAAAAUAUAAACAUUACAUCUGUUGCUCAUUACUCUGCUAUAGUAACACUGAAUAACACUCGUUAUAAGCCUUUCUUUCACUGAGUGUGGCCGGAAACCUCUUCAGUCUUCCACUGGCCCGUGGAUC